UGUCGUUGGAAUUUUCCAGGGUUUUAUUGGACCGCUGAACGAUUCCGUGACUCUUGGACCUAUGUAUUUUGCUCUCCGCGUGCGCAGGUGCAGGGCUACUACUGCAACUGGAUAUUUGCUGGCUGACAUUCCCCCUUAAUUUAUAGUUCGAAAUCAAACGUGGUCGCUAGAGAACUUCUUUCCGUGACAAUGUCAGCGACACUUCCCGAGGAUGAUGGUGUGUAUGAAACCAGUGUGCACUCCAUGGACGAGAACGACAGUGUUCCCCUCGACUUCGACAUUCACACAGAUCUGCGGGAAUCUUUGUACUUCUUCUUCCUGAAUCCAAUAGACAAGUGGAAAUUCAAAAAAAAGUUUCCCUACAAGCUGAUAUUGCAAGUUCUGAAGAUUGUUUUUGUAACGACGCAGCUCACGCUUUUUGCUGGAUACCGUUAUUCUCAUGUGGACUACACUAGAACUGUGGAAACCACAAUGCGGCACUUAUUUAUUAAGGACUGGGAAGCCUCUAGGGAAGUAGUUGUUUAUCCACCGGGAAAUGGACCGCUUGCAGUGUAUACUCAAAGCGACUUUUUCGGCCAGAUUGAUUUCACUGUCAACGCCUAUGCCACCAUUCGAGAGAAAGCAGUUGCGUCGUUUUCGUAUUCAAAUCCUGAUGGAUCUGUUGCUCCAGUGAUGUUCUGCAAGAACUAUUACAAGCGUGGAAUAAUUUGGGCAUUCAACGAAAGCUAUAUCUUCGAUGGAGACAUUCUCAGGAAAUGCAUUGAAAUCCCAUUCGAGGAAAUGAAUAUCACGACAGGAUUCGACAGUCGUGCCUUCUUGGCGCAGAAGAAUUUCUCCAUAAAUUUCGAUGUUUUCGUUUCGGGAGAAAUCAAAUUCGACCUGAAGACAAUUAACUUCCGGAAAAUCAUGCCUCUGGACAUACCGGACUGCUAUAAACUCAACGUGAUGAUUCUGUUCGACAACGAGGACCAUGAUGGUCAGAUACAAGUUAUUCUCUCCUCUGUUGCGGAGAAACUCGUGUGUGAGGGAGAUACGGAAUCCAUCGCCCACAACACAACUGCGCUGAUGGUACGCACCGUCUUGAAUAGCAUCGUUGUCCUGUGUUGCUUUUGUUCAUUUCUUUUGUGCGGACGUGCGCUGAUCCGAGCUCAUCAGCUGAAAGAGCGAACUGCGCGUCACUUCCGCCGGUAUCUGAACACAACUCUUUCGUUCAACGAUCAGCUGGAAUUCGUGAAUCUGUGGUACUUGAUGAUCCUGGUGAACGAUGUUCUGAUAAUUUCUGGUUCCAUCGUCAAAGAAUUGGUUGAGAGCAAGUCCAUAGGAGACUGGUGGAAUGUGACCGGGGUGCUGCUAGGAACCGGAAAUCUCAUGGUAUGGGUGGGAGUGUUGCGAUAUCUCGGAUUCUUCAAGAAGUACAACAUACUGAUAUUGACGCUGAAGAAGUCGAUGCCAAAUAUUCUUCGAUUUCUAUUCUGCGUGAUUCUCAUCUACGCUGGAUUUGCCUUGUGUGGUUGGGUGGUUCUUGGGCCAUACCACAUCAAAUUUCAAACACUUUCGACUACGUCGGAGUGCUUAUUUGCGCUUGUGAAUGGCGACGACAUGUUUGCGACGUUCAAAUCGUUGGCGACUGAAUCGCCAUUGCUGUGGUGGUACACGCGCAUCUACCUCUAUUCGUUCAUCACGCUCUUCAUCUACGCCAUUCUCUCAUUAUUUACCGCCAUUAUUCUCGACACGUAUGAAACAAUCAAGCAAUACUAUGAGAAUGGAUUUCCGCAAACCACGCUGGAAAAGUUCAUCUUCGUGAGAAAAGAUCAGCAUAUUGGGAUGACGGUUUACCAGGAGCCCUCGUGUUUCCCGCCGUGCAUGAACUGGGUUGAUCGCUUCAUGUCGUCGUGCUUUGGCUGGAGUUCCAAACGGCUUUUCAGUCCACGUCCGAGCGACGCGAGUUCUCUGUUGGAAACUGUGUCUGGGCUGAGGAAUGACGAGCGUGAGCCUCUUCUCCCUGAGAAGCAAGGUCAGGCAAGUCCUACAGGCUAUCAAACGUGUGAUCGUCUUGAUGCUGGAACAUGGCAUUGA